CCCCCUGGGAGGGGGGAGGAGCCUGGGCCUGGACAAGGAACUGAAUUCAAAGGCAUCUGACCUGGGGAGCUGGGUAAGAGAAAGUUUUGUAGAUUGUGCCACUAUCGGUUACACUUUUUGGUUUUUUUUGGUACCACGGAUCGAACUCCGGACCUUGCGCUUUUGAGGCAGGAGGCGGCACCACUGAGCUAAAACCCCGGCCCUGUUAAACUUUCGAGCAGGUCUGUGUGCUACUCGCUAUGCCGCUGCCUGUUGCGCUGCAGACCCGCUUAGCCAAGAGAGGCAUCCUCAAACAUCUGGAGCCGGAACCAGAGGAAGAGAUCAUUGCUGAGGACUAUGAUGAUGAUCCUGUGGACUAUGAGGCUACUCGGUUGGAAGGCCUGCCACCAAGCUGGUACAAAGUGUUUGACCCUUCCUGCGGGCUUCCUUACUACUGGAAUGUGGACUCAGACCUCGUAUCCUGGCUCUCCCCACAUGACCCCAACUCCAUCGUUACCAAAUCUGCAAAGAAGCUCAGGAGCAGUAACACAGAUGCUGAGGAGAAGUUGGACCGGAGCCACGAGAAGUUGGACAGGGGCCACGAGAAGUUGGACAGGGGCCACGAGAAGUCUGACCGCAACCAUGAGAAGCCAGACCGGAACCAUGACAAAUCUGACAGAGAUCGAGAGCGUGGCUAUGACAAAGUGGACAGAGAGCGAGAGCGGGACAGGGAAAGGGAUCGGGAUCGUGGGUAUGACAAGGCAGACCGAGAAGAGGGCAAAGAACGACGACACCAUCGUCGGGAGGAGCUGGCUCCCUACCCCAAGAGCAAGAAAGUUGCGAGCCGAAAGGAUGAAGAAUUAGACCCCAUGGACCCCAGCUCCUACUCAGAUGCCCCCCGGGGCACGUGGUCAACAGGACUCCCCAAGCGGAAUGAAGCCAAGACAGGUGCUGACACCACAGCAGCUGGGCCCCUCUUCCAGCAGCGUCCAUACCCAUCCCCAGGGGCUGUGCUUCGAGCCAAUGCUGAGGCCUCGCGAACCAAACAGCAAGACUGAAACUUUGUUCUCCUCAGCCCUGAGAGCUUUCUUUCUCUUCCUUCUUUUUACCCCUUUUUGUGGUGCUGGAAUAGAACCCAGGACCUCAUGCAUGCUAAGCAAGUACUCUUACCAGUCCAGUGAGCCAUACCCGUUUCCCUGGAAGUUUAGUUUGUUUUUUUGAGACAGGGUCUCACUAUGUAGUUGAGACUGACCUGGAACUCACUGUGUAGCCCGUGCUGGGAUUACAGGCAUGCACCACCACGCCCGGCUCUCUGUGGAGUUUUUAAUAAAAGCUUUCCUGCAAUCAUA